UGUAUAAAAUAAUCAUUUCAACUACAAUUUACAACUCAAUCCAUCUGCCAUGAACACCAAUCAUGUCAUCUUCAUCAUCUCCACCCUCCUUCUCCUCCGACCACAACCGUCUUCCGCCGUAGACUUCCUCCUCAACUCCUUCAACUCCACCACCAUCUCCUUAUACGGCAACGCCACCAUUCAAUCCAACAUCCUCACCUUAACAAACGCCACCCCUGUCCAAAUCGGUCGAGCCCUUUACCCCCACAAAAUCCCCACCAAAAACAACUCAACCCUCAUCCCAUUCUCCACCUCUUUCAUCUUCUCAAUGGCACCCACAAGACACCUUCUUCCGGGCCACGGCUUCGUCUUCCUGUUCACCCCUGUUACCGGGAUCCAAAACGCCAACGCAGCUCAGAAUCUUGGCCUUUUUAGCCGUACAGUUGAUGGGAAUUCGAGUAAUCAUGUGUUUGGAGUUGAGUUUGAUGUGUUUAGAAACGAAGAGUUUGGGGAUAUUAAUGAUAACCAUGUGGGGAUUGAUGUGAAUAGUUUGAGUUCUGUUAAUGCUUCUGAAGCUGGGGUUUAUGGGGAUGAAGAAGGGUUUAAGGUUUUGAGGAUGAAUGAUGGUGGGAAUUACCAGGUUUGGAUUGAUUUUGAUGGGUUUGUGGUUAAUGUGAGUUUGGAUCGUGUUGGUGGUAAGAAGCCCACCAGGUGUUUGAUGAAAGUCCCGUUAGAUCUUUCGGGUGUUUUUGAAGAUGAGAUGUAUGUCGGGUUUACUGCUUCGACCGGGACAUUGACGCAGAGUCAUAGGAUUUUGGGGUGGAGUUUUAGCAAUCACAAUUUCUCGUUGAGUGAUGGGUUGGUUACGGAGGGAUUGCCGUCGUUUGUGCUUCGUGGUGAACGGUUUUAUCGGUCGAAAGGGUUUAUAAUUGGAUUAACAUUAGGGGUUUUGUUUGUUUUGGUGGCUUGUGUGUUCAUUAGUUGUGUAUUGAUCAAGAGAAAGAGGAAGGUAACGAAGACGGAAGACGAUUUAGAGGAUUGGGAGUUGGAGUAUUGGCCUCAUAGGAUUGCUUUUCGAGAUAUUGAUUACGCGACUAAUAGUUUUAGUGAUGAAAAUGUGAUUGGAAUUGGUGGUAAUGGGAAGGUUUAUAAAGGGGUUUUAGGAGGCGCGGAGAUUGCCGUAAAGCGUAUCAAUCACGACAACUAUGACGGUGUUCGAGAGUUCUUAGCGGAGGUUUCGAGUCUAGGAAGAUUGAGACAUAAAAACUUAGUUGGGUUAAGAGGAUGGUGCAAGAAAGAAAAGGGUAGUUUGAUCUUAGUUUAUGAUUAUAUGGAAAACGGGAGUUUGGACAAAGCGUUGUUUGAAUGUAAAGACGAUACCAAAAUCUUGAACUUCGACAAUAGAAUGAGGAUCUUGAAAGACGUUGCGAAUGGGAUUGCCUAUUUGCAUGAAGGGUGGGAAGCGAAGGUUUUACAUAGAGAUAUCAAGUCAAGCAAUGUGUUACUUGACAAAGAUAUGAAUGCAAAGUUGGGUGAUUUCGGUUUAGCCCGUAUGCACCAACAUGGUCACGUGGCUACCACUACUCGGGUGGUGGGUACUGUAGGGUACCUGGCACCCGAGGUGAUUAAAACAGGACGAGCCUCAACACAAACAGAUGUUUUCAGUUUCGGGAUUUUAAUGCUUGAAGUUAUAUGUGGUAAACGGCCAAUAAAGGCGGGAAACAUCCCUUUGAUCAAUUGGAUAUCCGAGUUGAUGCAAAAAGAUGAACUUGUUAACGCCGUAGACGAGAGGCUAACGGCUAAGGGUGCGUUUGACCGUGAAGAGGUCGAAAUGGUGCUACGUUUGGGACUAUUGUGCGCGCACCCGGAUGCAAAAAUGAGGCCAACAAUGAGACUAGUUGUUAAGGCAUUAGAAGGAAAGAACAAGGAUGAAAGUCAAAGUCAAAGUCAAGGGGGUGAGGAAGAUAUGGAUGUUUACUUGUUAGAGAGGAUGAAAUCUCAAGAUUUAUGGUCAAAAUAUGCUAAAAUAUUAAAUUCAUCAUCAUUUAAUUCACAUCCAACAUUUGGGGAGGUUAGAAAAGGGAUUUCUUCUUCUUCUUCUUCUGUGUAAAUUAUAUUGUCUUAUAUUUGUAUAGGGUUGUUUUUAUAUUUUUGUUACGUAUUCAAAUUAUUUUAUAUUCA